GGUUCUCCCUGUGCCAGGGGAACUACAUGAGCCAUGGUCCUGGCAUUUUCCAUCUGCUUCUAAAACAAGGCACAGAGCCAACGGCUUCCGAGCAACUCAGGGGCUUCAAAGCCUCGCUCACGUGGGUAAAGUUAUUGUACCUCUCUGAGCUCGGAUCACCCUCACGUAAAAAGAAAGACAAAAUGCUGGCCUGAUGGUUACCAGGCAUUAGCAGAUUUAUGAACAUCUGGGAAUCCCGAGGUGCCCUGUCACAUCACAUUUGGCCCUUGUGUGGGAUCCUGCAGGGUGUCCACUGGAGUGUGUUACACCCUGGGAGAUUGGGAGGAACCCAGAGUGCAGGGCUGUGGCUGCUGUCUACCCUUCCUUCAAGAGGCUGCUUGUCAGUAGCUACUGUACGGCUCCUCCCUGUCUCUCCUGCUCCAGGAACACCUCAGUCUAGGAGGCUGAAGAUGCCAUAUUCCAGCCUGCAUCCAUCCAUCCCACGUCCCAGAGGUAAUCGGUCCAAACAUGCAGCCUUGGUCUUGCUGGUGGCCAGCCUAAUGAUCCUUUGGUGGUCAGGGGAUCCACCAAACCACACACUCCAGUACCUGGUACUCCACCUAGCCUCCCUGCAACUUGGAUUGCUGCUGAAAGAGCUCUGCUGUCUGGCUGAAGAGCUGUGCCAUGUCCACUCCAGGUAUCAGAGCAACUACUGGAAGGCUGCCUAUGCUUGCCUGGGCUGCCCUAUCCGCCGUGUGGCGCUGCUGCUGCUGUCCUGUUAUUUCUAUGGCUUCCUCCCAAGCAACACUGGUCUGCCUCUCAUUUGGAUGCUUGGCCUCCUGGGCCUCUCACAGUCUGUCGGCAUCCUUCUGGGCCUCCAGAGCCUGGCCCCGGCGGAAAUCUCUGCUGUCUGUGAAAAAAAGAACUUCAAUGUUGCACAUGGGUUGGCCUGGUCAUACUACAUUGGGUACCUGCGGCUGAUCUUGCCAGGGCUCCAGGCCCGGAUCCGAAUGUUCAAUCAGCUACACAACAACAUGUUACGGGGAGCAGGGAGCCGACGGCUGUAUAUUCUCUUCCCGUUGGACUGUGGGGUGCCUGAUGACCUGAGUGUGGCUGACCCCAACAUUCGCUUCCGAGACAUGCUGCCCCAGCAAAACAUGAACCGUGCUGGCAUCAAGAAUCGGGUUUAUUCCAACAGUGUCUAUGAACUUCUGGAGAAGGGGCAACCGGCAGGCGCCUGUAUCCUGGAGUAUGCCACCCCCCUGCAGACCCUGUUCGCCAUGUCACAGGAUGGGAAAGCUGGCUUCAGCCGGGAGGACCGGCUUGAGCAAGCCAAACUCUUCUGCCGGAUACUUGAAGACAUCCUGGCCGAUGUCCCCGAGUCUAGAAACAACUGCCGCCUCAUUGUCUACCAAGAACCAGAAGAGGGAAACAGCUUCUCGCUGUCUCAGGAGGUUCUCCGGCACAUCCGUCAGGAAGAACGGGAGGAAGUCACCAUGAGCGGCCCCCAGACCUCAGUGGCGUCCCACUCCUCUGUGCUGUCCCAGGAACCCAGACUCCUCAUCAGUGAUAUGGAGCAGCCCCUCCCACUGCGUACUGACCUCAUCUGAGGCACGGGACAGCCUUGCCUGAGCCUCUGGGGCGAUCCUUUAGCUUCCUGACUGGGGCUUGCCUCGAGGGCUGGAGGCCACACAGAGGUUUCAUAUUUCCCGAUGAGUCCCAGGCUCCUGGGCAAGCCGUUUCACCCCCUCUGAGCCUCAGCCUACUCCCCUGUGGAAUGUGAUCAUAAUGAUUGCCCUGCCCACCUCGUAGGGUUUUUCUUUGUGAGAAAGAAAAAAACCAUGUAGAAGUUUGGUGUCAGUUGCCAGGUUAAGACCUCAGAGAGAGGCCAAGUAUUUCCCGUGGAUGCUCCAGCAUCCUCUGCUAUGAGUUGACCUGCCUGGAUGGUCCCAGCAGACCAGCUUCUGGUCAUGUGUGCUCAAUGGGAGCUUCAGUAGAUCCGGGGAGGGCAAGUGAGGGGCAUUUGUUCUGUUACCUGCACGCAGUCACCGAGUCAUCUUUUCAGUAGGCAUGUCCAUCCUCAUGUUUUCGGAAGGACUUCUUCCCCCUGACCCUAGCACUGGAGUACUUACUCUCUGUGGUCCUCUUAUAUCUUGUCCCUUGAAUGUGGUUCUUUUUUGAGACAGGGUUUCUCUGUGUAGCUCUGUAGACCAGGCCGGCCUGGAACUCACAGAGAUCAGCUUGCUCUGCCUGCCGAGUGUCGGGACUAAAGGGUGUGUGCCACCACUGCCCGGCUGCAUGUGGUCCUAUUUAAAGGCAUUCCUCAUGUUA